AUGCGUGACUACUUCAUUGAAGACUCAAAGUUUGACGAACCAUUUUUUUGUCAUUAUUUUCGCAUGAGCAAGAGGUUGUUUUUGAAGAUUGUUGGUGAUAUUGAAGCUAACUUUAGUUACUUUCAAGAGGGGUACGACGCACUGGGUAAAAAAAGUUGCUGCGCUCUUCAAAAGUGCACAUUGGCGAUCAAGCAACUGUCUACGGGUGAACCUUCAGACACAUAUGACGAGUAUUUAUGUAUGGCUGCUAGAACGGGACGCAAGACCAUGGAGUACUUUUGUGAUGCGGUCGUCAAUUUGUAUCAAAAGGAGUUCUUACGUAGGCCGGCAUCUCAUGACAUUGCUCUCAUCACACAAGCUCAUGAAGAAAGACACCACAUUCCAGGAAUGCUUGGUAGUCUUGAUUGUACACACAUCGAAUGGAGGAUGUGCCAUAAAUGCUUAAAAGGGCAAUACACGAGGGGUGAUCACAAGGUACCUACUAUUAUGAUUGAAUGUGUUGCUUCUUAUGACUUGUGGAUUUGGCAUUCGUUUUUCGGUCCCGCUGGAUCGAACAACGAUGUCAAUGUUUUGCAGCAGUCGCCGUUGUUUCAAAACGAGUGUAAUGGAUCCGCGCCAAACAGUUCAUUUAGCGUAAAUGGACAUGAUUACAAGCGCGGUUACUACCUUACCGAUGGAAUCUAUCCUAGGUGGGCUGCGUUUGUUAAAGCUUAUCCUCAUCCAGUGGAACAAGAUGAAAAGAAAUUUAAAAGACUACAAGAGGCUGCAAGAAAGGAUGUUGAGCGCGUGUUUAGUGUUCUCAAGGGAAAAUGGAAGAUCUUGGACCGUCCCCUCUGGCUAUAG